AUGGCGCAAAGAGAGAUUCCGGGUUUUUACUUCGCAGAUGCUGAGAAGGGCAAAUACUUUCGAGUGCAGGCAAAUCAUGUUGCGCCGCAGGGUGCUAAGUAUUCGCAAGAAAAUGUUCGCAAGGAGAAGGAGCAGUCUAGAAAGCGCAAGAGAUCCGCAGCCCACCGACAGAAACGUGAAACACAAACCGUACGUCGUUCAAAAAUUCUAGACUCGGCAUCAGCAGCCGGCAUAGGCCUCUGGCGCGAACAAGGCCGUUCGCACUUUGCAAACUACGAAGCACGUAUCUCGGCUCUGGCUUCCCAAUUCCGCGGCUACGAAAGCCUUUCCCUAAAAAGCUGCGAAAGUUGCGGAAAACGCGAUAACAUCCACGAUUUCUGUAUCGAUGAGGAACUGGAUGCGAUCUUGAUGGCAUUAGGUUCCAGAAAUUUUGGACGGGUGCAGUGGAUAGGGCAAGGGCAGAAUACGUAUGAUGUCGCGGCUUUUCGGUCGGAUAUUUCUUCAGUUGCGGUUUCGCAAAGCAGGACGUUGGUUGCGACGGCGUAUGACAGGGCACAUCCGGGAAAUGUGUUUGUGGCAGGCAUGGCGGGGAGUAUUGAUAUGGAAGGAGCACCGCCUAUUCUUGAUUCACCGGCACCAAGCUAUUCCAUGCUUGGAGGGGCUGAAACAGCACUUUGGACGGCAAGUCCGUCGCCUGCAGGGUCGGCGAGGGAUGUGAUUGCCAUUGGCAGCUCGGAAGGUGUAUACAUGCUCAGCUCAAACGGCGACCCUCUCCAACACCAUCCCCUCAGAGAAGACGUACGCUCGAUUGACUGGCUUACUCCAAAUGUGGCUGUCGGAGGCACAAGAUCAAGUCCGGUAUACCUGUGGGAUGCAAGAGCGCGAGGCACUUCAUUACGUUUCAAGCACACCAGCGGUGUGACUGGAGUCCGCAGCCUAGGCGAUGGCUCACGAGUACUAGUUUCUGGAUUCAAAGGCACAUCCAUCUACGACACACGCAUGGCAUCCAAAUCAAAGGGUCCACAUAGUCCUUCAGCAGCUCUGCUACGCCUGGCACCUACAAAGACAGAGCAACCUAGUGUGGCGAUGGAUCUGCUGGCAGAUGCGCAAUUACUAGCAACCGCUGACGAUGACAAUGUAAUCCAAUUGCACUCGCUGUGCAGCGGCAAAUUGGUGGGAAGUCUUACAGGAGCCAAUCCACGCAACGAAAAGGGAAGGAUUUCGAGGCUGAGGUUCAUUGGAACGCCCAAUGGUACACCAACACUCAUUGCAUGUCAAGGGUCACGGCUUUACGAAUGGUCCUGGGGAGGUGCUCUAGACACGUGGGAUGAUGAGGAAUGA